AUGGGCCUGCUUGUUGAAAACGGUCCUUGCUUCAUCAAUCCCGAUUCAAACUCAACGACGUUGAACCAAUAUUCAUGGAACAAUGAGGUUAAUAUGCUCUACUUGGAUCAACCGGUCCAAGUAGGCUUAUCAUACGAUACCCUUGCCAACUACACAAAAAACCUGAUCACAGGUGAGCUCACCAAGUUGGGUCCUGAUGAUCCAAUUCCACAGCAGAAUGCUACGUUUCUGGUAUGGUUCCAGGAAUUCCCAGGCUACCACCCAGGGGACUCUCGAAUCAGUCUUGCCACUGAGUCUUAUGGUGGUCGCUACGGCCCGGCAUUUUUCUCGUUUUUCGAGGAGCAGAACCAGAAGAUCGAAAAUGGUACUUGGAAAGAUAAUGAUGGCGAUAUGAAAGUAUUGAACCUCGACACUCUGAUGAUCAUUAACGGCUGCCUCGACCGCCGGGUACAAUGGCCCUCAUACCCAGAGUUUGCAUUCAAGAACACAUACGGCAUCGAAUCGGUCAACGAAACGAUUUACAAUUAUAUGGUCGACUCCCUCGUUAAACCCGGUGGCUGCCGUGAUAUGGUCGAUGACUGCCGCGCUAUUUCCGCUGUCUGGGACCCGGACAACACCGGCAUCAACGACACCGUCAACGAUGUCUGCAGCAAGGCCGAGAACUACUGCUAUAGCGAAGUCCGCGGGCCAUAUCUUAGAUACUCAGGUCGCAAUUACUACGAUAUUUCACAGCUCGAGCCAGACGCAUUCCCUACCCCAUUUUACCAGGGUGGGCUGAACCAGGCACACGUCCAAGCCGCACUCGGAGUACCACUCAACUGGACUCUGUCCAACGCCGCCGUAUCCAAUGCCUUCCGAAGCAUCGGCGACUACCCGCGUCCAGGUUGGAUUGAGGAUCUCGCUUUCCUACUUGAGAACAACAUCAAGGUUGCUCUCGUUUAUGGAGAUCGCGACUUCGCCUGCAACUGGAUGGGCGGCGAGGCGGUAAGUCUCGCGAUCGACUAUGUCGACUCAGAAAAUUUCAGGGCAGCCGGCUACGCCGACAUCCGCGUCAACGACACAUUUAACGUCGGUCAGGUAAGGCAAUAUGGCAACCUCUCAUUCUCUCGUGUCCACCAGGCCGGCCAUCAGGUUCCGUCCUACCACCCCGAAGGUUCAUUGAUGAUUUUCAACCGCGUGCUAUUCAACAAAGACAUUGCCAAAGGUGAAAUUGACACCGGCGUGCCGUUGCCCGACGGCGAUGGGAAAUAUUAUAGCUCGUCGGGUCCGCCUGACACGCUCGGCUUCAAACAGGAUCCACCACCGCAAUAUCCUAAGUUCUGCUAUGCGCUUGACCCUAGUGUUUGCACAGAGGAGCAGAUUGAGUCUAUAUUGAAGGGCAAGGCGGUGCUCAAACACUUCCUUCUUGUCGAUCAGAAUACAAAACGGCUGUUCCCCGAGGUGAUUGGGCAUGGCGGCCGCCACAAAUCGCCACCUUCGUCUGGGUCGAGUUUGUUUGUGAAGGGUACCGGAUGGCAAGUAGGAUUGUUGGCUAUUCUCACUGUGGUGGUCUCUGCAAUGAUGUUUUAG